AGGUAAAUGGUCGUAUUUCCAUCUCGAGAGAAUUAUUUUUCUUCUUGUCAUCUUUGACCCAAAUAUACAGCAGAUGACUUCAUGAAUUUCCUACAGUGUUUAUCCUCCUUCCUAAAUUGACACCAAUCCGGUUCUGCUAUGACUGAGGGUGUGGACCUUAGCCGAAAGUUUGUUUCAGAAUCCGAACUAGACGAGAAAAGAAAGAAGAGGCAGGAAGAAUGGGAGAAGGUCCGCAAUCCAGACGACCCAGAGGAGGCCCCGGAGGAAGAGUACGACCCUCGAUCUCUGUUCGAGAGGCUACAAGAGCAGAAAGACAAGAAACAGGAGGAAUUUGAGGAGCAGUUUAAAUUCAAAAACAUGGUUAAAGGUCUGGAUGAAGAUGAGACCAGCUUUCUCGACGAGGUGUCACGGCAGCAGUCUCUAAUAGAGAAACGCAGGCGGGAUGAGGAUGCACGGGAAAUAAAUGAAUACAGGAGGUCUCUCCAGAAGCUGGCAAACAACGAGAGCAACAAAAAGGAACCAGAGAAGAAAGCAGGACCCAAGCCAUCAGAAAACAAGACCAGUCAUCUCUCUCAGGCCCACCUGCUGGCUGGAGCGGUUAAACGACGCAGUUCGUCCCAGUCUUCAGAGGGAAGUAAAAAGCUGAAAACAGAAGAUACAGUAGCUGGAAAUGGCAGUCAGACGGAGCAGGAGGUGGUUGAGCCCAAAUCUCCCAGCGCCGGCAUGACCCGCUCAGGCGUUCUCCACCUGCCCUCCGCCGCUGUAUGCGUGGGCAUCCUUCCAGGACUCGGCGCCUACUCGGGCAGCAGCGACUCUGAGUCCAGCAGCGAUAGCGAAGGUAGCGUGGACGAGAUUGGCUCUCCCAUAAAGCGCCACAGGCUCUUCAGAUAGACACACUACAUUUACUCACUAUCACCACCUGUGCUGCCCAAAGGCUCGGGUUCGGCCCGCUUGCCUUCUCAGAAUUGUGGGGCACAAAUUAUUACCUAAAGUGAUUUAGCUCUGUCAGCCCGAUACUGUGUUGAAAUUUUUGAUUAUAUGUGUUUGAUUAUAUGCUGAUGUUUAUUAAAAGCUUGUGUAGAGUUAACUUCAAUUGUGGUUGUUGAUGUCUUGUGCUCUCAAAACAUGACCCUUCCCCAUCCUCCUCAUAUUAUUACAUUCCAUACAGUUUAAACCUCUGGCAGCUUAACCCGGUGACGCACCUACCCACCUUCUCAUCCACCCCUGCGGCUUCUUCAGAGUCAAUGGGACACUGAAUGACUGACAGCUGUGGAUCAAGAAGACUGCUUAAAUAAAGCAUUUACACCAUAUCAUCACAGGACAAAUCAGACGUUAUAUGGGCAGUGCUUGUUUGAAGAUGUUUCAAGGUCCUGACUGAGUUUUAAGUUUGACUUAUUUUUUUUAACGAUAUGCUGCAAUGCAAAAAAAAAAAUGCUGGAAUUUUCAUUAACUGUGCCCUGUGAAGAUAUGAAACCGUGUGUGCUGGUUCUGAGAAUAACCAGUGAAGUGAGAUUGAAAAAUAAAGAUGUUUCUCAUGUA